AUGAGUGUAGAACUGGCAGACCAUCGAGCAGAACCUCUGUUAAAUUACUUAAAUCUAAUGAGUGUAGAACUGGCAGACCAUCGAGCAGAACCUCUGUUAAAUUACUUAAAUCUAAUGAGUGUAGAACUGGCAGACCAUCGAGCAGAACCUCUGUUAAAUUACUUAAAUCUAAUGAGUGUAGAACUGGCAGACCAUCGGGCAGAACCUCUGUUAAUUACUUAA